AUGUUUUCAUUGACCAUUGCUACUAUUGUUCUCUUCGCUGUUAGCAGUAUUUCACACGCAGGUAAAUGCCCAACAGUACCUACACAAAAGGAUUUCGAUGCAUCUAAAUAUCUUGGCCUUUGGUAUGAAGCCUACCGAAACACUAUUAUCUUUGAACUCGGCUCUAAAUGUGUCAAUGCUACCUACACAGCAAAGGACGAUGGAAGUGUUGGUGUCUGGAAUCAGGCAAUAAAUAUGUUUGGCAAAUACAGUAGCAUUAAAGGUUCGGCUAGAGUAAAAAAUGCAAUGGAACCUGCAGCACUCGAAGUUAAAUUCGAUAAUCAAAAUCAAGUAGGCUCCUACAAUGUUAUUGCUACUGAUUAUGAAAAUUAUUCUCUUGUCUAUUCAUGUAAAAAUAUUCCCGUCUUUGGUAAAUGGCAAUUUAUUUGGUUUCUUUCACGAACCAAAACUUUAGCACCAUCAAUUGUUGAUAAUUUGAACAAGAUUCUAUCGAACUAUGGCAUCAAAUCAAAUAGUAUCUCGCAAACACACCAAAACUGCUAA